AUUCGAUCAUUUAGUAUGCACCGAUUGGAAUAGUGGUGUAAUGGACGAAGGGAAUAUUCCAACAUAAGUGUCAGCAGUUCGCUAUCAAAACAGUUCCCAGCACCGCAUGGUUUUCACUCUUGCGGCUGUCAUUGGGCUCACAAUACAAACAAGUUUACGCCUUGUCGCAUACAAUCGAAUCCGUAUUCAGUGCGAUUACAGUGUGUGGACAUUGUUUUUCCUGCGCCUGUGUGAUACCCACACUCGCAGUUCAAACUCAUGAUACCAGAAGCAUAAAUUUGACCUGCGAUGAGCUGUUAUUUAAUUUGAACCGUAGAUUGUGUGAUGCCAGUCAGAUCGUCAAACCCGAUUCGCGCCAGAAGUCUGAUCCGAAACAACUUGGAGAAGUCUAACAGCAUCCAGCAGCAGCAGCUCCUGCAGUCCAGAAUGCCCAACAUCAAGGUUUUCUCCGGUUCAUCCCAUCCGGAUCUGGCGUCGCGCAUUGUGGACCGCCUCGGAAUCGAUCUCGGGAAAGUUGUGACGAAAAAAUUCAGCAAUUUGGAGACAUGCGUUGAAAUCGGAGAAUCCGUACGAGGCGAGGAUGUGUAUAUCGUGCAGUCUGGUUCGGGCGAAAUCAACGACAACCUAAUGGAGCUGCUGAUUAUGAUCAACGCGUGCAAGAUCGCUUCCGCCUCCCGGGUGACGGCCGUCAUACCGUGCUUCCCGUACGCUCGCCAGGAUAAAAAGGACAAGGCAGGCGAUGAUAAACUGGCCAUGUUGAUGAAGACGAAUGAGUGGAAGUUUCGGAGCCGUGCUCCAAUCUCGGCGAAGCUGGUGGCCAAUAUGUUGUCGGUGGCUGGUGCGGAUCACAUUAUUACUAUGGAUUUGCAUGCUUCACAGAUACAGGGCUUUUUCGACAUCCCGGUGGAUAAUUUAUACGCCGAACCAGCUGUACUGAAGUGGAUUCGUGAGAAUAUCGCUGAGUGGAGGAAUUCGAUUAUUGUGUCGCCGGAUGCUGGUGGUGCAAAGAGAGUGACCUCGAUUGCGGAUCGACUGAACGUGGAAUUCGCUUUGAUCCACAAAGAGCGGAAGAAGGCAAAUGAGGUCGCCUCUAUGGUGCUGGUAGGUGAUGUGAAGGACAGAGUUGCCAUUCUGGUCGAUGAUAUGGCCGACACGUGUGGCACUAUUGUCCAUGCUGCCGACAAAUUGGUGGAAGCGGGAGCCACGAAAGUGUAUGCCAUUUUAACCCACGGUAUCUUCAGUGGACCAGCCAUUUCUCGAAUAAAUAAUGCUUGCUUCGAGGCUGUAGUGGUUACGAAUACCAUACCUCAAGAUGGUCACAUGAAGGACUGUCCCAAAAUACAGUGCAUCGAUGUGUCCAUGAUGUUUGCCGAGGCUGUUCGUCGAACCCAUAAUGGCGAGAGCGUUUCCUAUUUAUUCUCCAAUGUUCCCUAUUAAGAAACGCGCGCUGCAACCGGGCAGCAAAUGAAGAUGUCAUAGCGAAAAAAAAGUCGCAAAUGCAACUAAUAACCCCUUUUCGGAAUACAUUUCUUUUAAUUUUGGUCCAUUCUGUUGCGAAUCACAUUUGCAUGAAUCCAUCAACAGAAAACUAACAUAAUUCUCAAAAUUCAAAAUAAUUGGUUAUGAACCAAAACGGUAUAUUACAUAACUUGUUUCAUAGGUGGUUAUAGCCUGCCGAUCUGUGUAAGCAUUGAACAUAACAGAGGAUUUUAUUCGCUGCGCACUACGUGUGCUAUUGUGCAAACAUGAUGUUUUGAAGAUAUUUUUUCAUUAAUUUUCUUUGAAAAAAUGAUUUAGCGUUCAGCGACCGAUAAAAAAAGAAAUCUUUGUAUAUGUUCAAACAACAUACUUAUACAUAAAAGGCAAUUAUGAAGUUAAAUCAAAUUUAUUGUAAGGUACAACUACAAACAACUAUAAUUUUAACGCUACAAGAUGUGAAAACAAAUAAACAGAGGACGAUAAUAGUA